AUGGAACUGCCAAAGUUGUUUUCUCUAUGUUUGCUUCUAUCAAUAUCCUUCGUUGCCCACUCUACCGUUCCUCCUUCUUCAACAUUUAAGUAUGUCAAUGAAGGAGAGUUUGGCUUCUACAGUAGUGAGUAUGCUCCAGAUUAUCGUCCCCUGGAUAUCUUUAAUUCCCCAUUCCAACUUAUAUUUUAUAACACCACCCCUAAUGCAUACACUCUAGCUCUACGUAUGGGUACUAGGAGGUCAGAAUCAACAAUGCGUUGGGUUUGGGAAGCCAACAGAGGCAACCCAGUUCGUGAAAAUGCCACUCUCACCUUUGGAGAGGAUGGAAACCUGGUCUUGGCCGAAGCUGAUGGCAAGGUUGCUUGGCAAACCUACACUGCCAAUAAAGGUGUUGUUGGCUUCAAAUUGCUACCAAAUGGUAACAUGGUACUUCAUGAUUCUAAGGGCAACUUUAUUUGGCAAAGCUUUGACUCUCCUACUGAUACUCUCUUGGUGGGCCAAUCUCUUCGUGUUGGAGGUGUAACUAGGCUUGUGAGUCGGGCCUCUGCGAAGGAGAACUCUGACGGAGCCUAUAGCCUGGUCAUGGAAUCCAAAAGACUGGUGAUGUACUACAAGAGUCCGAAUUCCCCGAAACCAUAUCUCUACUACACAUUCGAUGCACGCGAAGAUCGUCUACAAAAUGUGACGUUAAAUUGUUUACCAGAUCCUUAUGACAAUUUGGCCAAUGAAGUAACUUUGGAUUUAUCUUCUGGGGGUUGGAGCGUAUUCGCUAGGCCUAAAUUCAACGCUACAUUGUCAUUUCUCAGAAUUGGGAUAGAUGGGAAUCUUAGAAUCUACACUUACAACAAUAAGGUGGACUACAUGGCAUGGGAUGUGACCUUCAAUCUCUUCUCUAGAGAUGGUUUUCCGGAGAGUGAGUGCCAAUUACCUGAGAGGUGUGGUCAGUUUGGGCUCUGUGAAGAUAGCCAAUGUGUUGCUUGCCCAUUGCCAAGUGGACUCAUGGGCUGGAGCAAGGAUUGUGAACCCGUGAAGCCACCUGCCUGCGGUUCUAAGAAUUUUUACUACUAUAAACUAGAAGGUGUUGAUCAUUCCAUGAGCAAGUAUGCAAGUGGAAGCGGACCAAUGAAAGAGGAUGAUUGUGGAAAGAAAUGCUCAGGCGACUGCAAGUGUUUGGGUUAUUUUUACAACAAGGAGAUAUCCAAGUGUUGGAUUGCUUAUGAUCUCCAAACCCUCACCAAGGUUGCAAACUCUACUCAUGUGGGUUACAUAAAGGCACCAAAGCACUAA